AGGUUGUGUUGGCAGAAGCGCAUUGUCCUCUGAUUGGUCAGUCCGCUGCGCGUGAUUUCUUACGCAUGUGCAGAGCAUUUUGACAAUAUGGCGUCCUCCAGUGAGAGUCCUGAGAACAGCGAAAGUUUCCUUAGAAAGCGACGUGGCGAUCCGCUUGUUUCAGACAGUCUUUCACACGACAGCUGCAGCGAGACAGCGCAAGACGAAGACUCGACCAAAUAUGACAAGAAAGUGGGCGUAUCGUCACAAACCGGAACCUACUGGCUCACGCGCAUCCUGCUACUGCGAGCCAUUGCUUUCAUCUACUUUGUGGCAUUCACUGUGGCUUACAACCAGAAUAAACAGCUGAUUGGAGAAAAGGGGCUCAUGCCAUGCAAGGACUACUUGAGGAGCGUCAAGCGUUAUGUGGGUGGCAAGAUUGGCACUGCGGCCCUGGCCUACACUCCUUCAGUCCUCUGGUUUAUGGAUUGGAGUGAUAUGGAUGCCAACCUGGAUGGCAUCGCUCUGGCAGGGAUGGCACUCUCAGGGUUUGUCUUGCUCAUGGGAAGAGCCAAUAUGAUCAUUAUGGGAAUACUGUGGAUCCUGUACCACUCUAUUGUGAAUGUCGGACAGCUUUGGUACUCUUUUGGUUGGGAAAGCCAGCUUCUGGAAACAGGUUUUCUGGGGAUCUUCCUGUGUCCGCUGUGGAGUCUGGCACAGAUGCCGCGCCGCUGCCCGCCUUCGCUUAUCUCCAUCUGGACCUUCCGCUGGCUCAUAGUUCGCAUCAUGCUGGGUGCGGGUUUGAUCAAGAUCAGAGGUGACCGGUGCUGGACAGAUCUCACCUGCAUGGACUACCAUUAUGAGACGCAGCCGGUUCCGAACCCCAUAUCAUACUACAUGCAUCGUUCGCCCUGGUGGUUUCAUCGCUUUGAGACUCUCAGCAAUCACUUCAUCGAGCUCGUCGUGCCCUUCUUCACCUUCAUGGGCCGCCGGAUGUGCAUGGUGAACGGCGUCCUGCAGAUCCUCUUCCAGGUUGUUCUGAUCAUCAGUGGGAAUCUGAGUUUCCUGAACUGGCUGACUAUAGUUCCCAGUCUGGCCUGUUUCGAUGAUGCUGCUUUGGCUUUUCUCUUCCGCCCUUCUGGAGGAGCCAGACAGACUUUACAAAAGAUUCAGACGGAGGAGGCCGCAGGACACAGACCACCGGCCACUAAAGGUAUGUUGAUCAGACGUGUGUUGAAUGUGUCUCUGGGGAUUCUGAUAGCUUAUCUGAGCGUCCCGGUUGUGAUGAACCUGCUGAGCUCUAGACAGGUGAUGAACACCUCAUUUGAUCCCCUGCGGAUCGUCAACACGUACGGAGCCUUCGGCAGUAUCACUAAGGAGCGGACGGAGGUGGUGUUUCAGGGCACGCUGAGCGCCAACCACACCGGAGAGGACGUGGAAUGGGAGGAGUACGAGUUCCUGUGCAAACCUGGAGCUCUGGAUAGAAGGCCGUGCCUCAUCUCGCCGUAUCACUACAGACUGGACUGGCUCAUGUGGUUCGCUGCUUUCCAGACGUACGAGCAGAGCGAGUGGGUUAUUCACAUCGCAGGCAGACUGCUGGCAAAUGACUCGACAGUUCUUUCCCUAAUGGGACACAAUCCAUUCCAGGACAGAGAGAAACCGAGGUGGAUACGAGGAGAGCAUUUUCGAUAUAAAUUCACACGGCCUGGCAGUAGCAGCGCCGCCCAGGGGAAAUGGUGGGUCAGGAAGCGCAUCGGACCCUACUUUCCCCCGGUCAACCUGGACGGCCUCAGGGGGUACUUUCAGUCCAGAAACUGGCCUCUACCAGGCAGUCAAUAAGCCAUCUUCCCAUACAGGACAUCUUGGACAUCCAUUUGUCUUUUUUGUAUGUCACACACUGAAGUAUAUCCUAUUUGGACUUGGCAAAACUGUGCCAAAGACGAUCUGUUACAUAACAGACUUCUAAAGGCAACUCUUUUGUGUCCCUGAGGAGAGAAGCAUGUGUUGAAUCAAGGGCUGUUUUAAGCCUGCCAACAAAAACAGCCUGUUUCUGGUAUUAAUAUGAUUUUGAUUUCUAUCAAACGCUACAUUCACACUGUAAAUGCUGUUGAACAUUAAAUAAAAUAAUGCAAACAUACAGAUUAUUUUCAAAUAA